AUGGGCCUCGCUUGCCGUGCCACAGAGCACUGGGAGCACAUCCACGUUGGCGAGCCCACGACGUCAGCGGCCAGGGAGAGCAGCACGAGCACGGCAGCGUGUGGUAAAAAGCUCUGGGGAAGAAGAUGGGAAGGGGAGGCUGUCACGCAGGCCCGAGCUGUCGGUGGGAGAAGAUGGUGGGGUCCGGUCGCCAGCGGUGGAAGGAGGGAGAGGAGGCGCGCCUUGCUGCACAGCUUGGGCCACAGGAAAGAAACCACCGUCGUGGUCACCUGCCACCCCUCCCAGAUCCGCCUGCGUCUUCCUCCUGAUCCGCCACCUGAUCCGCAUCCCGCUCGGCACCUGCUGGGAUCGCCGCCGUGCGGAUCGCCGCCCCGCCUGCGCCUGCGUCUUGCUCCUGAUCCGCAUCCCGCUCGGCACCUUCGCCUGCGCCUGCGUCUUGCUAGGAUCGCCGCCGUGCGGAUCGCCGUCGUGCGCCAUCGGUUCGCUCCCCCGGCUGCGCUCAGCCGGCAGCUGGCUUGCGGGCGUGCGCGCGGCCUUGCGGUAGGUCCCGUGGCUCCCGGCCUCGGCGAACGACGUGGAGGGCGCGCGCGGCCCGCCCAGUGGAGGCGCACGGUGUCGUCGCAACGCGGAGGCCUGGCCCCGACGUGCGAGCGGCUCGGCCCCGAUUGGAGCUUCGCGGGCUCGCAGUCCGUGCGCGCAGAGGAGCAGCGAGCGGGUGAAUCGCGCGACCGCGAGGACGCGCCCGGCUUGGAGCAUUCCGACCCCGCGCAGAUCCUGGUGCGGCUCGGCUCCGAGUCCUCUGGUGGCGACCCGGCCAAGGUCCCCAAGGCGCCUCCUGGGCCACCAAGCCAGCCCCACCGGCAACUCACGCCGCCACGCAUGGCCACUGUCGUCGGUCGUCCGUGCCACCGUAGGUCUGCCCUUGUGGAGGAGUACGGCCUUCGGCGACGAUGA